GUCACAAGUAGUAGAGAGAGGUGGGAGCGCAGACAGCCGCUAGUGUGCGUCUACCAAAGGACCAUGACAGUUCAGUAGUUGCUCCGUGGCGAGAAGCCGCUCGGCGGAACAAACCAGAGGCUCAGAUCACCUGCAGCAAACCUGAGCCCGCGUCUAUGGAGCAAAAGGUCGGCUGGUGAAAAUAUGCGAUUUGAUAGAAAACUGCGCGCCCGUGGUUCACUUGUGCCUUUGCAAACACCGUCUGGGAGUUCACAUGUUCCUGCGCGUCGACGAGGAGGCAAUGUUUAGGUGCUGCUGCAGGCGACGAACAGCCCUGUGGAGUUUGGACGUGUGUUUUACAGCCAUAGAUUGUCAGAUGUAAGAGGACGGAAAGAGGAGAAACAAAGAGACAGUGCGACAGGGGCACCGAAUGUAGUCUUCAGGGAAAAAGGAAACACUGUACGUGCCAGUGUCUUCUAUGUUUAUCCCCCGCGCCAGCCGGUCAUCCUCUGUCUUUGGUUUCUCGCAGUGCUAUAAUAAAGUGGCCACUCGUUGAAGGAUGCAGGUGAAAAAACACAGGGACUCGGACAGGAGCGGCGGGGACAUUCUCCAGCGAGACGGCCUCCGCAAAAACUCAUCAUGCUUCUCAAAUAUCAAGAUAUUCUUGAUAUCGGAAUGCGCCCUCAUGUUGGCACAAGGCACUGUUGGAGCAUACCUGGUGAGUGUUCUGACCACCCUGGAGCGGCGGUUCAACCUCCAGAGCGCUGACGUCGGGGUGAUAGCCAGCAGCUUUGAGAUUGGAAACCUGGCUCUGAUCCUGUUUGUCAGCUACUUCGGGGCCAAAGCCCAUCGGCCUCGUCUGAUCGGCUGCGGAGGGAUCGUCAUGGCACUUGGCGCCCUUCUCUCAGCUCUGCCCGAGUUUCUCACGAAUCAGUAUGAGAUAGUAGAAAUGGGGAGGACUGACGUUGGUCGGGAUGUGUGCUCUAACAGCAGCAGCAGUUCUGCCCAGCAGAACGAGGACAAAUUCUGUGCCAACAAGGCCAACACCAACAUGAUGUACCUGCUGCUGAUUGGAGCUCAGGUCCUGCUGGGAAUAGGUGCCACCCCAGUGCAGCCCUUGGGUGUCUCCUAUAUUGACGAUCACGUGAAGAAGAAAGACUCCUCACUCUAUAUAGGGAUCCUGUUUUCUACUCUGGUGUUUGGGCCUGCUUGUGGCUUCAUCCUGGGAUCCCUCUGCACCAAGUUUUAUGUGGACGCUAUCUUCAUUGACACCAGUAGGCUGGGCAUCACCCCUGACGACCCCCGGUGGAUCGGGGCCUGGUGGGCAGGCUUCCUCCUGUGUGGUGCCUUACUCUUUUUCUCAGCACUCCUAAUGUUUGGCUUUCCUCAGUCCCUGCCAGUCCGGGAGGGGGAGGGUGGGGCAGACAGCGAGCAGGCCAUGCUUCCUCCCUCUGUAAAUACAGACUAUGAGACUCCCAAGCCCAGUAAUGGCGUGGUGCGCAACCAUGAGCCUGCCAACAGCCCCACCUGCUGUCAGCAACUCAGAGUGAUACCCAAGGUGACCAAGCACCUCCUCUCAAACCCAGUUUUCACUUGCAUCAUCCUGGCUGCCUGCAUGGAGAUCGGCGUGGUGGCCGGCUUUGCAGCCUUUCUGGGGAAGUACCUUGAGCAGCAGUUCAACCUCACCACCACCUCAGCAAAUCAGCUCUUAGGUAUGACAGCCAUUCCCUGUGCUUGCCUGGGGAUCUUCAUGGGCGGUCUGCUGGUGAAGAAGCUGAACCUGUCGGCCCUGGGAGCCAUACGCAUGGCCAUGCUGGUCAACCUGAUCUCCACUGCCUGCUACGUCUCCUUCCUGUUCCUGGGCUGUGACACAGGCCCUGUCGCUGGAGUCACCGUCAGAUAUGGCAACGAGACGCUGCGUGAGGGCCAGAAGCCAGAAGCUCAGUGCAUCAGCCACUGCAACUGUUUCACCUCGUCCAUCAGUCCCGUGUGCGGCGCCAACGGUGUCACCUACCUGUCCGCCUGCUUCGCCGGCUGCGUGAGACCUGUCGGCACAGAGGCAUCAUCGAGCGUCUCUCAGAAUCUGACAGGGUGCGGCUGCAUAUCCAGCGUGAGUAACUUCUCCACAGCGGCUCCAGGAAAAUGCCCGAGCCCUGGCUGCCGGGAAGCUUUCCUCAUCUUCCUGUGUGUGAUCUGUGCCUGCAGCUUGAUUGGCGCCAUGGCCCAGACGCCCUCUGUUAUAAUCUUAAUCAGGACUGUGAGCCCUGAGCUGAAGUCAUACGCCCUCGGAGUGCUGUUUCUCUUGCUCCGGCUCCUUGGAUUCAUCCCCCCUCCUCUGAUCUUUGGUGCUGGGAUCGACUCAACAUGCCUUUUCUGGAGCUCCGAGUGCGGCGACAAGGGUGCUUGCUUGCUGUACGACAAUGUAGCUUACAGGCAUCUGUACGUGAGCCUCGCCAUUAUUCUCAAGGGCAUCGCCUUCCUCCUGUACACCACCACCUGGUAUUGCUUACGCAGGAACUAUAAGAAGUACAUCAAAAGUCAUGAGGGCCACUUGACGCCGACUGAAUUUUACCCCUCGCUCACAGACAUGGACGGUCCCAAACUAGUCAACCGGACAAAGUUCAUAUAUAACCUGGAGGACCAUGAGUUUUGUGAAAAUAUGGAGUCAGUUUUAUAGUGUGUAAAGCAAAAGGAGGACAAUGUAGAAUAUUCAAAUUCUCUCAAAGGAUUAUCCUCUGAAUUUAUUCUUCUUUUACUGAAAGGAUAAAAAAAAAAUUGUUUUGAUAAUGAUAAUAUAUUUAACGACCCAUUCAGGUCACAGGAGACUGUCACUGCUCUUUGCUCCACAUCUUUUGUAACUUUUGCAAGGGUCCAGUUUAGUCGUUCACUUAUCAGCGAGGUGUUGUCCAGUGCCAGUAACUUCCUGUGUUGAUUUGGUGGUAGAAGACAACUACAGUACUGUCUGGCUCAGUCCUAAAAGUCCUAGUUGAGUAUUAGUGGGUGCACACGAUGCUACAACUAUAGUUGCCAUAUUGUUUUAGGUUUGUCAUGAUUCCAGUGAUCUGUGUGACAAUGACAGUUUCCUUUCAGUCAGUGCACUGUGUGUUCUGUCUUCUCUCAGAAAUGAGAUUGUUAUUAGGAGAAAAAAAAUGUUUGGGUGGUUCUUCAUUUAUUCAUAUUUAAAAGUUGCCAAGUUGUUUACAAACUAAUAGCUCAUUCUGUAAUGGUUUUUUAUUUUCAGUGAAGCAGAGAGGGUUUCUUAGGAGCUACAGAAGCAGAGCAGAAUCAGUAUGGGUUGUCGUAACGGCCUGUUAGAUGCUUUGUAUUGUCAAAAAAAAUCAAGUCUAACAAUAGUAAAUGAGGUGGUGUUUUUAUGUCAUCAUGCACUCUUCAAAUUUUUUUUGUUCUCUUGCUGGAUCUUAGGCACUGUUUUUGAUUCUGCUUAGACUAGACUGUGAAGUCUGUCUUUUCUAGGUGCAAACAUCGUGCAAUUCAUAUUUAAUACUUCUUUACUGUUAGUCUCGUGUCAGACUGCAGGUUUGUUUCUCAUUUUAGCAAUUUGUCGUAUUUUCAUGGUUGUUUGUUUGUUUUUUUUUCAUCUGCAGAGUUUAUUCGACCUAAUAUGUCUUAAUGAGGGAUUAUCCAAAUAAGAAUGUUAUUUAUAUUUUCUUUUGACUUUUGCACCUAGUGGAAGAGCAAAGAGAAAAAAAAAUCAAGAAGAAUAUUUGUAUGUGUUUUGACAUUCAAGUAAAACAGAUUAGGAGUAAUAUAUUUGUUUCAUUAGGCUCAGAAUGUUUUAUUAGAUUGUAUUUGAAAGGACAAUAUAAAAAUAUAUAAUCUAAUUGUAUGAAAAUGUGUGUGACCGAUAUCAGAGAAGAUUUGGGACAAUUCAUAGCAGUGAAAGUGGUAUGUUGCUUUAUUGGGGCAAAGAUAUAAUACGUGUCUUCAAACUCAGCCUGUAAUAUCUGAGAUAGUUUCAAAAAUGCCACAGGAGCAUAUGUGUAUGUGUGCACAUUGUCAGACCAGAUGAACAAUAUGAGGAGCACACUGAAUUUAUUCCUGGACAUAUAUUCGAUGAAGUUUAUAAUGCUACUUGGCACAUAGGACUUAUUAUGUUACUGAUCUCUCUGCAGUUACAGUUUUGGCAUUGUCCCUUUUCUUACACUUUUUGUAUUGCAACAUAUCAUUUAUUUUACUCUGGAAAUAAAUUAUUUUUCAGAAAAUAAACAAG